AGUGAGUGUGUGUCCUGCUGGUGCCUUACUCGUGAAGUGUGUGUGCUAUGCUCGGGACGUUGAGUGUGUGCGUGUGUGAGACCAUGUGGAGGUUCGUGACCUUGUUCCUUCUAGCCCACCUGGGGCGCAGUCUGACAGGGGCAUGGAGAGCCUCCCUGCCGCGCCUGCAGUUCACUCACUCAGAGCUGGUCCAGAAUGGCCGUCUCCUAUCCCUGCCCCUGGCGGCGGGGGACAUGCAUUCUCUGCUGCCAGAUGAAGAUGGCCGUCGGCUCUACGUGGCCAUGAAGGACAACCUGCUGUCCACCAGCCUGGACGACAUCACACAGAACCCCAGCAAGCUCUACUGGCCAGCAAGUCCAGACCGGGUCCAAGAGUGUUUGAUGGCUGGAAAGGACCGGGAGUUGGAGUGCGCUAAUUUCCUGCGAGUGCUGCAGCCCUACAACCAGACCCACCUGUAUGUGUGUGGAACGGGAGCCUUCAACCCUCGCUGUGCCUUCAUCCCUACCGCCGUCUUCCUCAAGUCGGAGCAACAAACUCUAUCAUUUGGACAGACUGAAUGCGGGAAGGGAAAGUGUCCAUAUGAUCCGCACCAGAGAACUGCCUCGGCCAUUAUUGAUGGGGAGCUGUAUGCUGGGAUCUCAUCUGACUUCAUGAGUCGAGACUCUGCCUUCUUCCGCAGCCUGGGCAGUCGUCAUGUGAUCCGCACCGAGCAGUACGAUUCCUCCUGGUUGCAGGGUAAGGAAUUUGUUAAGGUGGCCUGGAUGGCGGAGACUGAUAACCCAGAGGAUGAUAAGGUGUACGUGUUCUUCACUGAGCGCGCUCAGGAGGCAGAGGGGGCUGCUGGGAAGGUGCUGUACUCCAGAGUGGCGCGUGUUUGCAAGAAUGACAUCGGGGGCCAGCGGAGUCUGGUGAACAAGUGGAGCACCUUCCAGAAGGCACGUAUCGUGUGCUCUAUCCCUGGACCCGACGGGAUACAGACUCACUUUGACCAACUACAGGACAUCUUUAUCCUCCAUGAUGGAAAGGACAAGAAGAACCCUCUGAUCUACGGCCUCUUCACCACAUCUAGUGACAUUCUGAAUGGCUCAGCGGUGUGUGUGUACCGCAUGCAGGACGUGGUCCGGGCAUACAAAGGAAACUUCUACCAUAAGGAGGGACCACAGUACAAGUGGGCCGAGUACACAGGAAAGAUCCCCUACCCAAGACCUGGCACAUGUCCCAGCAGCACAUACGGUAGCUACAGCUCUACCCGGGAGUACCCCGAUGACGUCAUCUUCUUCAGCCGUACCCACCCUCUGCUGCAGGAGGCGGUGCUUCCGCUGGGAGGGCGCCCCUUGUUGGUCAGGGUGGGAGUGCACUACAAGUUCAGCCGGCUGCUGGUGGAACGAGUAGAGGCCGUGGAUGGACAGUAUGACGUCCUGUUCAUCGGGACAGACUCCGGCCAGGUGCUGAAGUCUAUCCACCUCCCUAAAGAACACGGUGUCUCCCAGGAGGUCACCCUGGAGCAGCUGCAGGUCUUCCAGCACAAGUCACCUGUGACUACCAUGACACUGUCCAAGAAAAAGCAGUGGCUGUUUGUGGGUUCUGCAGAGGGUGUGGCCCAGUUGGCUCUGUUCCAGUGUGAGUUGUACGGCCAGGCCUGUGCUGAGUGCUGCCUGGCCAGAGAUCCCUACUGCACCUGGGAUGGACACGCCUGCAGCCCCUUCAUGCCCAUCGCACGCAGGAGGAAUGCUCGUCAGGUUGGUGAUGAGGAGGAUCCUCUGACCCAGUGUGUCAUACAAGGAGCCGGUCUGCAGGUGGAAGCAGAACAGAGGAUGAUGAUGGUUGCAGAGGGUAACAGCACAUACCUGGAGUGCCUGCCCAAAUCCAGACAUGCGGCCGUGACCUGGUACAAACAGGCAGGAGAGAACAGCCCUGAGCUGAAUCAGUUGCAGUCAGGAGAGCAGCUGGUGGUGACAGAGAGAGGUGUUCUGAUCAGUCGGGCCGAGACGGGUCACUCUGGUGUGUACCACUGUCAACUGGAGGAGCACGGCUUCCACUGGACCGCCGUCACUGUGCAUCUGAGUGUGUGGAGCCCCUCCCGUGCCCUCUCCUGGUCCACCAGCAAUCGCAACCCCAACUCCAGCCCAGACGCCUCCCAACCCUGGUACCAGGACGUCAUGGCCCUCAUCCACCCCAGCAGCCUGGAGCAGCACUGUCAGAGGCUGGGCUUCCGACGACGACGCAACCGCGACCAGGAUCAGACCAAGGACAGUGACCACAAGACAGGGGGUGGCCCCAGGGGCGAGAGGCACAAACAUGGAGGCCGAGGAGGAGGUGGAGGAGGAAGCUUGUCCAUCAUCAAUAAGACGCACACAUGGAUACGCAGACCCACACUAACACAGCGUGUGGAAACAUGA